AUGAAGAUAAUCCAUAGAGAUGUCAAGGCGGCAAAUAUAUUGCUUGAUGACUCCUGUGAGGCUGUGGUCGGAGAUUUCGGGCUGGCAAAGCUUUUGGAUCACCAGGACUCGCAUGUCGCCACGGCUGCGAGAGGCACCGUGGGACAUAUAGCCGCCGAGUAUCUCUUGACGGGGCAAUGCUCCGAGAAGACGGAUGUGUUCGGGUUUGGGAUUCUUCUCCUCGAACUGAUCACUGGACUCGAUAUCAAUCCGGAUGUUCUCAUUCCUUUGAUGAUGUUUGGUUAUCCUCGGUUGGCUAGCAUUGAGCGAUCACUCCAGGUGAAGAAAAUUCAUCAAGAGCAGAAACUGGAAAUGCUCGUCGACAAGGACCUCCGGAGCAACUACGAUCGGACUGAGCUUGAGGAAAUAGUACAAGUAGCACUCCUAUGCACCCAGUACCUUUCCCGCUCACAGGCCGAAGAUGUCAGAAGUGGUCCGAAUGCUCGAAGGCGACGGCCUUGCAGAAAGACGGGGAAGCCUCUCGGAGAGUUGAAGCGAACAAACGCAAGCCUCAUGAGUUCUCAUCGUCGGACAGAUAUUCCGAUCUCGCCGAUGAUUCUUCCUUGCUGGUCCAAGCGAUGGAGCUCCUGGGCCCUAGGUGACUAUGGUUCUUUUUUCGUCGAGGAGCGGACGAAUUCUUUAGUUUUGGAAAGGAAGGAGUUUGAAACAGCUUAUAGCUAUUCCAUAUACACAGAGAAAAUGAAUUCAUGUUGGUGA